ACGAAUUUAUUCCCAUCAGGUUACUACAUGCAGGAACAGAGUGCAUGACUUUAAAUUCUGAUUACACAAUUUUGGACCGUGUCAAAGGGCUCCGAUAGUCACCAAAACAAAGCAAAUUGAAUCAUGUCGAACAUAAUUUGGUCCAAACUUUCUACUGCACGACAUGCAGCUAACAAUCUGCUCAAAUCACAAAGACGUUACUUAAACUUAUUGGAAUACCAGAGUAAAGGACUAUUGGAAGAAAGUGGCGUUGCGAUACAACGAUUCCGAGUACUUGAAGGCAGUCAAGACGAUUUAAAAGUCCUGGAUCAAUUCAAGGUGCCGGAAUAUGUUGUAAAAGCACAAAUUUUGGCAGGAGGUCGAGGUAAAGGUCACUUUUCAAAUGGAUUUAAAGGCGGUGUUCACAUCACGAAAAACGCUGACGAAGUACUAUCACUGGUUGACAAAAUGGUCGGACAGAAACUAAUCACAAAUCAGACGCCCCAGGAUGGAAUACUCGUGAAAAAGGUGAUGGUUGCUAGCAGUGUGAACAUCGUUCGCGAAACGUACCUGUGCAUCGUAAUGGAUCGCGAAAGUAAUGGUCCGGUGCUCGUCGCCAGUCCAGCUGGUGGUAUGGACAUUGAGGCAGUUGCCGAAGAAACUCCCGAUAAAAUCAAAAAAGUUCCCAUCGACAUAUCUAAAGGACUGACAUUAGACGAAUGCAAAGAAAUUGCCGAAUUUCUGGAAUUUAAAGGAAAUUUGGUCGCGAAAGCUGCCGAUGAAAUACAGAAAUUGUGGAAAUUGUUUUUGAAAGUUGAUGCCGUUCAAAUCGAAAUCAAUCCGUUGGCCGAAACCGAUGAUGGUCAGGUGAUAUCCGUGGACGCUAAAUUGAAUUUCGACGACAAUGCACAAUUCCGGCAGAAAGACAUUUUCAAUAUGGACGAUGCGAGCGAAAGUGAUCCGAGAGAGGUGGAAGCGGCCAAAUACAAUUUAAAUUAUGUCGCUAUGGACGGUAACAUCGGCUGUUUGGUGAACGGUGCUGGUUUGGCAAUGGCAACGAUGGACAUCAUCAAAUUGCACGGCAGUAGUCCGGCUAAUUUCUUGGAUGUUGGUGGAAAUGUGAAGGAAGAUCAAGUUCUGCGCGCGUUCCAAAUUCUUCUAUCGGACAAAAAUGUGAAAGGCAUUUUGGUGAAUGUGUUCGGCGGUAUCGUCAAUUGUGCGACGAUCGCAAAUGGAAUCGUGAACGCAUCGAAAACGAUCAAUUUAAAAGUGCCGCUGGUUGUUCGAUUGGAGGGUACGAAUGUGGUUGAGGCCAAACGUAUUCUGAAGGAAUCUGGAUUGCCCAUUAAAUCGGCAAGCGAUUUGGAUGAUGCGGCUCAAACUAUUGUUGCGGCUAUACAAUAAAUUUGCUGAGGAAUUUCGGUGUCAUUUAUCAAACGGGACAGACAACGUAAUUGUAGCUGCAUAAAUAUCAAUCACUCACUUCCGUUAAUUUAAUCAGAAUCAGGCAUUUUGUUCGAGAGCGAAAUAUGUUGUUAAAGUUGUAUUGAAUAAAAGACAUUUCUUGUAAUGUAAUGUAAA